AUGGGCGUGGAUAUAUCCAGGGAACGUAUCAAUGGCGCCGCUGCAACUGGCGUGUUGGUGGCGAGCCGGUGCAAACUCCACUCCUGGAGGACGAUCGUAAAGGUGCUGGCGAAGCUGCCUAACCUGCGCGGUGUGGCGCUUGACCGGAACCGGCUCUCAAAGCCGCUGCUGUCCGGCGUUAUGCGUCUAGGAAUGUGGUCCACGCUGCGAACACUUGACCUUUCUUCCAACGACCUUACCUGUGCCUGUGUCCUUGGUGUUCUUGGCGGUUGCGAGUUGUCGAAGAAACAUAAAAGGCAUACUGACUGUUCUCGGGUUGUGUAUCCGCUCGAGUCCCUCAACCUUUCAAACAACCGCCUGCACCAGCUACCGCUGCUUCUACUGGAGUUGUUUCCCAAACUUCGGCGGCUUUUUUGCCGUGGAAAUAAGGCCCCACUGGAAAUAGAGGGUGGGUUUGCGGCUCGCGUUGGGUCUGGUGCGGCUCUGACGACGAUCGACCUUGGCUGCAGCCAGUUGCGUAAAUUUUACCUCCUCGAUGGCGCUGCCGCAAACGCCGCUCCGGCGGAGCCUCUCUUCCCCUCGCUUAGUGAACUGUUAUUGGACGGGAACUGCCUUGGAGGCACUUUCACGCUGAUCUCUAGCCGGUGGAAAGGGCCUAAGACGGGGCAUUUUCCUCUUCUUAAGACGAUAAAUCUUGCAUCACAGAAGGAGCUUUUGGAGCGCGUGGAUCCUUCCGUCUAUGUUGUGGCCCCGUCACUUCACAUGGUCAUCCUCGCAGGAAACGCGAGGCAGGACGCAAUGAUGGAGGAUCUCCGUCACUCAGAGGAGUACCAGCCGUGGACUAAGUGGCGCCGGUGUGGUGUGGAUAAACAACUGCGUUUUACAGGGACUGCUGCUUUGAUGUGA